UAAGGGCCUCUUUUAUUGCUCUCACGCCUCAUCCAGACCCCCUCACUCCACUCGAAUUCAACGUGAGUGAAUUCAACGUCUUUUUGAAUUGAACAAACCAAAUAUCCCUCAAAUUUAUCCAAAAUCCUCUCCCUAUUUCCCGAUCUGAACCCUAAAUAUUCUCCAACUUCCCAUAAUUUAUCUUUUUCCUUCAAAAUUCUAGGCUUUCCGUUAACAGAUCUAGCUUCCUCAAAAUCCACUACAAUCUUACGACCUCGCCACUGGACAUGCUUAAUUUAAGCUUCUUAGCUUUAGAAUUUAGAAGUAGAGAGCGUGGUUAGUUGUGUGCUAGUGAGUAGCUCAGUUUCCGUUUGGCAUUGUAAUGGCUGCUUUGCAGCGAGUGGCGUCGAGCUUGAGCACGAGCGCGAGCAGUUACGGAUCAUGCAAAGGUGCAGGUGCAGAUUUAAUGUUUUCUGAUCAGUUCCCUGCUGGUUUACGGGUUCUGGUAGUGGAUGAUGACAUCACUUGCUUGAGAUUGCUAGAGAAAAUGCUUUGCCGCUGCCUCUAUAAUGUUACCACUUGCUCCCAGGCCACAGCUGCUUUGAAACUUCUGAGAGAAAGGAAAGGCUGUUUUGAUGUGGUACUAAGUGAUGUUCACAUGCCUGACAUGGAUGGAUUUAAACUUCUUGAACUUGUUGGGUUGGAAAUGGACCUUCCAGUUAUUAUGAUGUCUGCUGAUGGGAGAACAAGUGCUGUAAUGAGAGGAAUCAGACAUGGAGCAUGUGAUUAUCUGAUUAAACCUAUCCGUGAAGAAGAGCUCAAGAAUAUAUGGCAACAUGUUAUUAGGAAAAAGUGGAAUGAAAACAAAGAACAAGAACAUUCUGGAAGCUUUGAGGAUAAUGACUGGUAUAAACGAGGGAAUGAUGAUACUGAAAAUGCAUCUUCUGUUAAUGAAGGAGCAGAAGGGGUUUUGAAAGGCCAAAAGAAGAGGAACAUUGCUAAAGAAGAAGACGAUAAUGAACUGGAAAUUGAUGAUCCCUCUGCAUCAAAGAAACCGCGUGUUGUAUGGUCAGUGGAGCUCCAUCAGCAAUUUGUCAGUGCUGUAAACCAGCUUGGAAUUGAUAAGGCUGUGCCUAAGAGAAUACUCGAGUUGAUGAACGUGCCUGGUUUAACUAGAGAAAAUGUUGCCAGUCAUUUGCAGAAGUUUAGACUCUAUUUGAAGAGAUUAAGUGGUGUUGCUCAACAAGGUGGGAUUUCUAAUACAUUCUGUGGACCAUUGGACUCAAAUGUAAAGGUUAAUCCACUUGGAAGAUUUGACAUCCAAGCUUUGGCUGCCUCUAGCCAGAUUCCUCCACAAACACUAGCAGCACUGCAUGCUGAGCUUUUUGGUCGUCCUACAGGCAGCCUGGUUACAACUGUGGACCAACCAGCUCUUUUACAAGCGUCCAUGCAGGGUCCGAAAUGUAUUCCUGUUGAACAUGGUGUGGCAUUUGGGCAACCAUUAGUAAAAUGUCAAACCAACAUUUCCAAGCAUUUUCCACGAAAUGUGAUAUCUGUUGAGGAUGUUGCUUCAGGAUUUGGAGCCUGGCCCUCUAAUAGCGUUGGUACAGUAGGAUCCAGUAGCAAUCUAGGAGGGAUGAACAGUCAAAAUAGCAACAUGUUGAUGGACAUACUGCAGCAGCAGAAACAGCAGCAACAACCACUGCAGCAGUCAUCAUUAUCAGAGCCCAGCCGUUCAAUUAAUGUGCAGCCAUCUUGCCUUGUGGUCCCUUCCCAGUCACCAGCCACUUUUCAAGCAGGAAAUAGUCCUGCUUCGGUCGAUCAGAAUUGCAGCUAUAACAGGAGCACCAUGAUUGAUUACAGUCUUCUGUCAGCUCAAUCAAAUAAUUCCUCAUUGAAUAUUGGACAAAUAUUGAAUGGGGAUCUCAAAACCACAGGUGUGAGUGGGUAUUCAGGCUCAGUUUCCAUAUCUCCCUUGUCACCAUGCUCUGUAGAUCCUGACAAUACAUCUCAGCAAGGUCGAAGCUCAACCAUGGCAAUUCGAGCUGUAAGACAAUUACCAGGACUUGUUCCUAAUAUCUCCAACUUGCAGGGUUCUUAUAGUGCAAGGUCAAGUGAAGUGCUUGAUCAAAGACCUCUUAGGAAUCUUGGAUUUGUUGCUAAAUGUACUAGCAUCCCAAGCCGGUUGGCUGUGGAUGAAUUUGAAUCAACGAUGAGCAGCUUAGACCAUGAAAAAUCCUAUAUGGAGAUCAGUGGUAAUAAAGUGAAGCAGGAACCAAACAUUGAAUAUAUGGAUAAUGCCAGAGUGGGCAUCCCAAUAUUACAACAAUUGCCCCCAGCACCAAGCGAUCUUAUGAGUGUUUUCACAGAAUAG